GGAGCUUCUUCCUUGCCUAUACUAUAUAAUCUUGCACUCGUCCGUAGAAGGCUGGCCGAUAGACAGCGUCUCCCUCGGUACACCCUUGCUCUUGGAUGCAUGAUCCUCGUAGGUACACCGACAAUCAGUACGUGUAUGGAACACACGAAGUUGGCUAUCAAUAUGCGCGUAUAA